AUGCAGAAACAGAGCAGUGGAGGUCGGAAGUCUAUUCCCACUCAGAAAGAACCUAUCCCUCCUUCAAGACCGGAGUUCCUAUACCUGCCAUGGUCAGUUGUGCGCUGCUCAUUGGCUGCAUGUCUCUUGAUCGGACUAGUGUAUCUGCUACAAUUCACCCCCGCCUUCUCUCUCACGCCCAUGAUCUUACUCGGCGGAAACUACCAACAACCCCAAACAGAAGCCAUCAAUGCUCGGCCACAAAUAGAGCUUCAUCCGGAAGAUCAUGUGUACCGGGAACCGACGACUCAAUAUCUGAAUUGGCGCGUGACAUCGGAUGAUCGCAGACCAGAUGGUGUGUUGAAGCGGGUCUAUCUUAUCAACGGCUUGUUCCCGGGACCAACUGUGGAGGCCCGCUCUGGUGACACCUUGAUCAUCACCGUUACCAACGCCUUGCCGGAAGAGUCGAUUGCUCUGCAUUGGCACGGCCUUCAUGUAGCAAAUGUCAUGGAUGGGGCGGCCGGGGUUUCCCAAUGCCCGAUAGCUUCCGGAAGCCAAUUCGUCUACAAUCUGACGAUACCAUCUGAUCAGAGUGGCACUUCCUGGUACCAUGAUCACUCAGGGGUUGCGCGUGUGGAUGGGCUUUAUGGUGGGCUGGUCAUUCAUGCACCAGCUUCCAGAUCGACUGUCCGGGGCCUGAUAUCCCGGGCUCGCGAUGAGAUUCAUCAUUAUACUUAUGAUAAAGAGAUUCUGCUACUUAUCGGUGACUGGUAUCACCGCCCUGCGGUUGAUGUCCUUGAAUGGUAUAUGGAUCCAGGAAAUUUUGGUAAUGAGCCUGUUCCUGAUUCCCUCCUUAUCAAUGGGGCAGGGUAUUUUGACUGCAUGAUGGCGGUCCCUGCUCGGCCAGUUGACUGCAUCAAUCAACUGGUGGACUAUUCAAUUUUUAACCUCGAUCCUCGCACCACCUAUCGAAUUCGGGUGGUCAACACAGGAGCACUUGCUGGGUUUAGUCUCUUGUUCGAUCGCCAUUACCUGGACCUACUCCAGGUAGAUAGUGUUGAUGUAGAACGUUCCAAAGCGACAGAUAUCAACUCCGUCGGUGUACUCUUCCCUGGCCAACGCAUGGACUUUAUAGUCCGGCCGGUCUCAGGGACUACGGCAGAGUCGUCAUCCAUAACAAUUCAAUUGGAUAAAGAUUGCUUCAAGUACCCCAACCCAGCAUUGACUCCAGACCAGACCUUCCCCAUCGACCACCGGCCCAGUAACAUCACCCAUCACCACCUCGACCUUGAAGAAGUGCCUUCUGCACAAUCUAUUAUUGAUGCGAUUCCACCCAAAGCGGAACAAACACACGUUGUCUACACCAAAAUCCAGAAACUGGCCCAAUUUUCCAACAAGCCAUUCGGCUACUUCAAUCAAACCAGCUGGAAGCCCCAGCAACGUCCAUCCGCCCAUCUAGCCUCCCUGCCAAGAAACGAAUGGGAUGCAAAUCAGCUGGCAAUAACUACAGGACACGGGCCGACGUGGGUAGACCUAGUGGUCAAUAAUCUAGACGAAGGCUCCCAUCCCUUUCACUUGCAUGGGCACCAUUUCUACGUUCUCGCAGUUCACCAAGCAGAAUUCGGCUGGGGUUCCUACGACCCUUUCACGGAAGAAAUCCCAGCACACCUAGGACCUGAUUCAGAACCGGAGAAAGAUGGUACAGAGACUGUUCACAGCCCCAAGACUGCUUUUAUUUCCGGCCUAUAUGGCAAGUCGCGGGUUGCUUUGCGUGAUACAGUCAACAUCCCAAGUCGCGGCUAUGCUGUCCUCCGUUUCCGGGCGGAUAAUCCUGGCGUGUGGUUGUUUCAUUGCCAUAUCCCUUGGCAUUUUGCGACGGGUAUGGCCAUGAUUGUUGAUGUGCAGGGUGAUCCGGCGGGAUUGGCUGCGCAUGUUAGUAGUGAGGGACUUUGCUCUCUUUGA